AUGAGGAACCGCAAUGAUGCUGCACCACUAUAUGGCUGGACGUUUCACCAAUCCCACGAUCAGGCAACCGUUCUGUUUCUCGUCCCCUACGCGGUCUCACCCGGCGACCUUGAUAUUCGUAUUGCCAGUGAUCACGUCUCGGCGUCCAUUCCCAACCAUCCGCCUAUUCUCCACGCCAAGCUGUACGGUCGCGUCAACACCGAAACCUCGACGUGGAGAAUAGCCGAUCGAGACCGUUCCCGCAAACGUCGCAGUCGAUCCUUCGUUCGUUCCUCUCAGCUCACCACAAGCCCUUCUGGGUCGGGCUCGGCCGACGUCUCCAACACGCAUGCUACACAGGCGCGGCCGCAUCACAGUCAAACCAUGGAAUCGUCUGAAAUCGUCUCGUCUGGUUCACAUGUCCGUGUCGAUUCGUCGCCCGCAUCCCAUUCCAGCCUGUCUGUUUCCGUGGUCUCGUUGCGCUCCGGCUCUAGCUACGAGGUCUUAUCCCAUUCAAACCCAUCAUUGCAGCCACUCAACUCGGCUGGUCCAUCUACCGAAUGGUCUAGCGGCUCCAGCGAUCGCGGCUCGUCCGACUCCGCCGACGCCAGUCUCAACCAGAGUAUCGUCUUGUCGGACCCGGGCGAUCUCUCCCGUGGCAACAUGGAAGCCGUUCCUCCGGUCCCUUCUGGGGGCAGCUCGCAUCUGAGAAGAUCACAGUCGAUAUCUGAUCUUGCCCCUUCUGCCUUUCCCGCACCAAGCAAACCAGCCGGCGUAUCUGAAGCGCCUCAGUAUGCACCUCCCAACGGACCGCCAGAGGUUCGCCUGGUGACUGUGCACCUCGACAAGAUUGAUGCUGGCAUUUGGCCCUUGUUGGUCGUGGGCCCCGCACCUUUGCAAAGUGGAGCUCUUUCCGCACGCUCUUUCCGACUAUUGCAAGCGGAUCUACCUCGAAAUGGAUACGUUACCGAGUCUUUUAUUCAAGACCGCAUCCUCCACCGUCGUGGCAUUCGACAAGAAAGACAACAGCGCAAUACUGCUCAGCUACAGCUCAAUCAGGCGCUCGAGGAAGCUCUCAGCGCCUUUGAAGGUGGUGAUCGUGUACUUGCCGCUAUUCGAAGUAGCAGCGAUACUUCCUCAUUUCUCGCCGACUCUCGCGCUCACUCUGAGGAAAAAGCCAGAACAAGCAUGGAUAGCGACGAUGACUAUGGGCCCAACACCAGUACGCUUAGUAUUAACACCAUAGGCAGCGACGAGAGCGCCACCGUUCUUGGCAGUCGAGUCGCCAGUCUCUCAGGAACGUCCAUGGGUCUCUACCACGCACAUGACACUGCUGCUAACACCAGACGGAACGAAGCAGUACGCGAAGAAGACGACGAUGAGGUGCUCGACGCGUGGAAAGAGCUCGAGGUGCAGGCGAGGUACAACAUGGAUCCCACUACCCUUUCGCUGAUCGGUUUACAAUUUGCAAAUAGCUACACUGCCCAACGAGCCUCGAGUCUGGCAUCUCAACUAGCAAGAAGCUCAUCAUCGGGCAUUCCGGAUGCCUUUGAGUAUUUCGCUCGAGCUUGGAGAGCUGCCGAUGUCAGUCUAGCCACCGAACGCCUCGUUCAGGACUUCUUGCCUCUACUUCCAUCCAGCCCCCAUGCUGCUGGGUCUCAAGAUCAGUCUACCCAGCAGGCUCGCUUUACCGAUUCACUCGACCCUACAUUAGCAAGCACCGUUGUUGCCUUGCCACCGACAACAGAGGUGAUUGCAGAUCCACUGCGUGAAGUAUUGCAUUCUCACACCUACAUGUCACAUCGUCAACGACUCGUUGCAUCGCUUGGUGGAUCCAAGGCGCUCGCACGCUUGUACGUGUCGUACGCGAAACUCCACCUUCCAUCUCUUGCUUCCCACCGCUCGCCCCUAGCGUUUCCUUACGGUCAGCUUACGAGCCCAUUUGUCAAUAGUGGACACGGAUCAAUCCCCCACUCUAGCAAUCUUAAAAGGGUCUCUGCUCGAAAGCCGACAUCUUCGACAUCCAGUCGCACUCCAAGCAUAGCCUCGUUGUCCUUCAAUGGUGCCGAAGGCGAUGGUGCUUCUCCUGCCAAGGGAACCCGCGCCCCCAAUUCACCCACCGUCGCCGAAGCGAGCAGGAUGGUGACGCUGGACUUUGCGGCCAGUCAUGGUGGUGCUGACCCACUUGACUUUUCCGAUUUCGUAAUCCAUACGGAUCACAGUACAGCGAGCCAGCCACCAGCCUUCUACUUCUUCCGCGAAGCUUGUCUUCUUGAUGGCGACGUGAUCGCUCAGAUCAGCCCAGACGAAUGGCGCGAAGCACUGACGCUGGCUGCUGAAUACGAACAUCGUCGCUUAGCUGAGCGCGAAGCGCUUGCACAGGCCGAAGAGAUGGGCAGCAUGGCUGGUGACAGUGAAAGCGGUGAACUCACCUUCGAAAGCGACAGUGAAGCCCAGAGACGUCGCGCGCAACGUCGCUCUAAGCUUCGUGCUGCCCAGUCGCUCUCCUCGUCGAACAGCGGUAGAGGUGGGCUGUUCAAUCUCGCUUGGCUCAAAGACGCUGAUACGCCCGAGUCAGGGCGCAAAUGCAGCGGCAAGACGCCACGCAGAGCGGAAAGGAACAAACGUCGCAAGGAGCGCACAGCGUCCAAGAGCAGUCGAGCUCAUGAAGAAGCAGGAGUGAUCAACUUUGUCAGCGGUGCAGCUUUGCUUGGAGUGGCUCUGGCUGGCAGUGUGGCCGCUUUGGGCUGGUGGAGACGUAGUUCAGCUGCACUGAAUUCGACCGCCUAG